AUGGCUGUGGAGUUUCCCGCUGUUACUUUCAUGAUACAUCUCAAGAGCCUAUCUGGGCUAAUCAGCACUUAUCACCCAGCUAUUACAAACGACGAAGGUAUUGACGAAUUGAGCGACGAUGAUAUCAACGAAGGCGACAUCAACGACGAAUGCUUCGAUUACCCUGACCUGCCAAUGAUCUGGGUUCCGGCUUUGGGCCCAAAACCUAUCGAAACGUUCCGAGCUAUGGUUCCUGUCAUCAAGAACCCUAUGUUCACCGACCAGACGUGCCUGAGUCUACGGCAGCGGGCCGUCGAAGAACCAAAACGCCCUGAAUGCUGGGUUACGCCAAUUUGA